UAAGCCCAACUACUAUUUUCUUUGUCGUUUGUAACGUCCCUUGAGUUAUAAAGUCAAAAUAACUUCCUUAUCAUUAGCCCACACUGCUGUAAUUAAUAAGAUAGAGCUCCGUCCAUUCCCUUUCCUCUUCAACCAAAUAUUUCACAGGUUGAGCAGUUUAUGACUUGAAUUGUAUUAACAAAUAUGGAGGUGGCUUCGAAUUUCCAAACAUUGUCUUUUGGACCAACAAUUAGUCGACCCCAUAUCGGACGCAUUGAGUUUAGAGGAUCCAUAGCUUCAGGUCAUUCCAAUAUCAAUGGAGUUCAGAUUGAUCACCGCCUUCCUUCACCUUCUCUAAUGCAACUCAAUGUAGUUUCAACUGGCAGAAUUAAAGUAGGUUCUGGAUAUUUUCCUGGACAUGGUGCUUUUGAUUCAAGAAGUGGAACUUUCACACCUUUUAGGCAAGGCCCCCAUUCACAUUCACUGAGACCAUGCCAGGUCAUGAGUGAGGAUUCCGAAGGAACUUUGAGCGGUGAAAACAUUUUGCUAGAUGAGGAAACCUUGGCGAAGGAUUUAAAGACUGCUAUUAAAGAGGAGAACUAUGCCCGAGCAGCAAAAAUUAGGGAUAGCCUCCGACUUCUCCAGGAGAACAGUAAAGCCUCUGUACUAGCAGCAAACGCUCGCUUUUACAAUUCUUUCAGAAAUGGAGACUUAGCUGCAAUGCAAACCCUCUGGUCAAAGAAUGAGAAUGUUUGCGUUGUGCACCCUGGUGUCAGUGGCAUAACUGGCUAUGAUCUCGUAAUGGGAAGCUGGGAGUUUGUAUGGGCAGAAUAUGAUUUCCCACUUGAUAUCGAGAUUAGGGAUGUUCAAGUUCACGUUAGAGGUGAUAUGGGGUACGUUACAUGCAUUGAGAUGGUUAGAACUAAAGGCAGCAGCUGGGGAAAACAAUUCGCUACAAAUGUUUUCGAGAAGGUUGAUGGGCAAUGGUUUAUGUGUAUUCAUCAUGCAUCGUACAUCGACUUGUAAAUUGUUAACAAUAAAGCUCUUGUAGAGGCUGUGGAUAUCGAAUGAGUAUGUUAGGCGCAGAAAGUUUAAAAUCUCGGCACAGAAAUUUUGUAGCUUUUCUUCUACUAUAGUUGUUGUGACCUAUUAUUUAUGAAUUAAAAUACUAUGGUCUUUGUCUCUUUGUGUUGUAUCUCAAAAAUUGAGCAGUGUAUGAUUGAUCUGGUCGGGUUUGGAUUAAUGCAGAUUGGUUUAUUCA